AUGGCAAAUAAUGUCCGUGCACCUUUCCUUUUUGCAGCACCACUAUCAUUGUCACCACCAACAACACCACCACCACCACCAUCACCGCCAUUAACACCUACCCUUGACACCUCUAGUGAUUUAGAUGAAUAUCCUGAAGAAUCUAAUAAGCAAGUUCAACCACAACCUACCAUGGUUGCACUUGAUAAGAGGCCCAAGGGGAGGCCAUCUGGCUCAAAGAAUAAGCCCAAAUCAGCCAUGGACAUGUUCAAACCCAUAAUCUUGAUAAUUUCAACUGGCAUGAACAUUAUCGAUGCCAUCAUCGACUUUAGUCACAAGAAGGAUGUCAGCAUCGCUGUGCACCAUGCUUCGGGUGCCAUAUCUGAGGUUAACAUUUUCAACCCUUUACCCCCUUCUAAUUGUUGGUCCUUUCAAGGAAACUUGCAUAUGUUUUAUCUCUCAGGCUUUUAUACCAAAAGCAUUUCACCUUUUCCCCCUAACAACGUUCCUUAUUCCUCCUUUAACAUUCAAUUCUCAAUGGAUUGGGUCCACCAAACCUUUGGUGGCCUUGUCGGACGCAAGUUGAUUGCUGCGGAACCUGUGCAUGUCUUUGCUUCUAUCUUCAAGGAGAACGAGUGUGAAGGGGUGGUGAAUCCUAUCGCAAAUCCAAAUGUUCAAUCUGUUAUGAUGAGUACUCAUGUUACCCAUUGUGUUGCUGAUGCUUUUGUUGCCAACACUGACAACACAGUCUAUCACCCUAGUUUCUCUAUUGGAGCUUCAACCUCAUCAUCUUCAAUGAAUGACCAACCUCUUGAUGCUUCUCCUGGAGAUGUGAACAUGCUUUAUUGGAACGACCCCACCAACUAG